CAUUUGCAACGCUUCAUUCCUUUUGAUUAUCGACAAGGAUAAUUGCAGUUAACUAGAAGACAACCCCCAAAAAGACAAAAGCUCUGGAUGAUGGAUAUCUCCGAUCGCCCUUUUGUCCGAUUCUCCGGAUUUCCCAAUAUCGGAAGUGUAAACAAAAAUCUGGAAGGAUCAAAAAGAAGCGAAAGCAGCAAGUUGGAUGGCGGCCAGUGCCCGACAAACACUGUUAUCUUUCAUCAACAACAGAUGGCUUGUGUUCGUCGCUGCCAUGUGGAUUCAAUCAUGCGCCGGCGUCGGAUACUUGUUCGGAAGCAUAUCUCCGGUGAUCAAGAGCUCCUUGCACUACAACCAGAGAGAGCUCGCCAGGCUCGGUGUCGCCAAGGAUCUCGGCGACAGUGUCGGAUUUCUCGCCGGCACUCUUUCCGAGCUUUUGCCUCUCUGGGCCGCUCUUCUCGUCGGCGCUUUUCAGAACCUUGUCGGCUACGGCUGGGUUUGGCUUAUCGUCACCGGCCGUGCUCCUGUUCUCCCCUUAUGGGCUAUGUGUGUGCUCAUAUUUGUGGGGAACAAUGGGGAGACGUACUUCAACACAGCAGCACUGGUCUCAUGUGUCCAGAACUUCCCAAAGAGCCGUGGUCCAGUGGUUGGGAUCCUCAAGGGCUUUGCAGGGCUGGGAGGCGCCAUCUUAUCGCAGAUAUAUACGAUGAUCAACUCCCCUGACCACGCCUCUCUCAUCUUCAUGGUUGCGGUUGGUCCAGCAGUGGUUGUUAUCGCCCUCAUGUUCUUCAUCCGACCCGUUGGUGGUCACAGACAGAUCCGUCCCACGGAUGGGACAAGCUUUACCUUUAUUUACAGCGUCUGCAUUUUGCUGGCUGCAUAUCUCAUGGCCGUGAUGCUUGUUGAGGAUCUGAUUGAUUUGAGCCAUACCAUCAUCAUUGUGUUCACCAUGGUGUUAUUUGCAAUUCUCCUCGUACCCAUCCUGGUGCCUAUCAUGACCAGUUGCUUAACGGAAUCAACCGACCUCUCUUCGGCACUUGAAGAACCGCUUGUUCAAGAAUCGGGACAGUCAGAACAAGUUGCGACCCCUGACCGUGACCAGGAGGUGAUAUUGAGUGAAGUGGAAGAUGAGAAACCGAAAGAAGUGGAUUUGCUUCCAGCGUCAGAGAGGCAGAAGAGAAUAGCACAGUUGCAAGCGAAGCUGAUGCAGGCGGCUGCAGAGGGUGCAGUUAGAAUUAAAAGGGGAAGAAGAGGGCCUCACAGGGGCGAGGAUUUUACAUUAACGCAGGCACUUGUGAAGGCCGAUUUCUGGCUUAUAUUCUUCUCACUGCUGCUUGGUUCAGGUUCAGGUUUGACAGUUAUUGAUAAUCUCGGCCAAAUGAGUCAGUCUCUCGGGUACAACAACACUCAUGUGUUUGUGUCAAUGAUAAGCAUUUGGAACUUUCUUGGACGCAUCGGCGGAGGUUACUUCUCUGAGCUCAUUGUCAGAGACAAGGCCUACCCAAGGCCGAUAGCCAUAGCGGUGGCGCAGCUCGUAAUGGCAGUGGGACACGUUUUCUUCGCAUAUGGAUGGCCAGGAGCAAUGCACAUUGGCACACUGCUGAUAGGACUCGGCUAUGGAGCUCAUUGGGCCAUAGUCCCAGCCACCGCAUCUGAGCUCUUUGGCCUGAAAAAGUUUGGGGCACUGUACAAUUUCCUAACGCUGGCCAAUCCGGCAGGCUCGCUCGUGUUCUCGGGACUGAUAGCGAGCUCUAUAUAUGACAAAGAAGCAGAAAGACAGGCACAUGGGACAGUGUUGGAUCCAGAGGAGCAGCUGAGAUGCCAAGGAGAACAUUAUCAAGAGGAAAGGCUUAUGGUGUACAGACUCCUCACCGCAUUUUUCGUGGAACUUCCGGAAAUUGUUGAACACUAAGGUGUUAGUGAAGCAGAUGCUAAAGUUUCAGAUUGGGAACGGUGAAAAAACAUUGUUUUGGUAUGAUCCGUGGACUAGCCUUGACCGCUGAUUGAAUUUGUUGGUUCGACCGGACCGCGUAACUUAAGACUACCGCACUUGGCAACUGUGAGUGAAGGUGCAACAGAGGGUUCUUGGUCAUUGCCGGCAGCCAGAAACGACAAAACCCAGCAGAUGAUGGUCUAUAUAUCCACCAUCCAGCCCCCUGAAGCUAGUUGUCCACCUGACAUGGUCCUGUGGAGAUUCAAAGAUGAUGAUUACAGAACUUUCUUAUCUUCUUUUAAAACAUGGAACCAUAUUAGACUUCAUAAAGAAAUUGUGUCCUGGCAUAAUAUUGUAUGGUUCUCGUCUGGUAUCCCCAGAUAUGCUAUCCUCCUUUGGCAAGUUAUACAAUAGUGGUUACCAACAAAGGAUCGACUUCAAAGAUGGGGAGUUACUUCGGAUACGUGCUGUAGGUUGUGUAAUUCGGAUGUUGAAUCUCACCACCAACUGUUCUUUGAGUGCAGUUACGCCUCUAGCAUUUGGAGCCACUUUGCUGAGGUGUGUUGGCCGAACGCACCAAAGAACACGACAAGGAUGGUGGAGUGGUUCAAUAUCGACACAAACGACGCAAUGCGAGGGCGGAGCAAAAUUGCAAAAUUAUUGCUUCAGAUUACGGUAUAUGAAGUCUGGAAGGAAAGGAACAACAGAGUAUUUCGAGAUAUCAACCGUACAAUUCCGCAUCUGAAAUGGAAAGUUGAUCGUGUUAUGCGUAAUAUCAUCCUGUCUGUCAAAUGCACACCUACAGCUGCCACCUCUUCUCUCUUGGCUGACUGGUUCUAUCUCACUCGUUUCUUGAGACCACCAUAGCUCUGCAUUUUAUUUUCUGUUAUAAAAUUCUAUACUAUUUUGACCAUUUGCUUAUGGAUUCCUUUUGUA